CGUUUAACAGGGCCUCGCUGCCAGUAAGUGCUUAGUGUUAUCUGAUGAUUGAUUGAGACCAGGAGACAUUCAGAUGGACAGAUGUCUCAUAGACGGUGUCACUGACAAGAAUGUACAUUUCAUCGUUCCAGAUAUCGGUGUAGGGUGCUACCAACCCAGGACGAUGCAAGCCCACGAGCUGUCCCAGUUCUUUCGGAUGCCAGAGAUGGUUGACUUCCGGCAGUACGUGCGCACCCUUCCAACCAACACGCUCAUGGGCUUCGGUGCGUUCGCGGCGCUCACCACCUUCUGGUAUGCCACACGGCCGCGGGCCCUGAAGCCACCGUGCGACCUGGCCAUGCAGUCGGUGCAGGUGGCGGGCAGCGAUGGUGCCCGGAGAUCCGUGCUCCUGGACAGUGACGAGCCCUUGGUGUAUUUCUAUGAUGACGUCAGAACACUAUAUGAAGGUUUCCAGAGGGGCGUACAGAUCUCAAAUAAUGGCCCAUGUUUAGGUUCUAGGAAACCAGACCAACCCUAUGAAUGGCUUUCAUACAAACAGGUUGCAGAGAUGUCAGAGUGUGUGGGCUCGGCGCUGCUCCACAAGGGCUUCAAGGCGGCCCCAGAUCAGUUCAUCGGCAUCUUUUCUCAGAACAGACCUGAGUGGGUGAUCAUUGAACAGGGAUGCUUUGCUUAUUCGAUGGUGAUCGUUCCCCUCUACGACACCCUCGGAACAGAAGCAAUUACCUACAUCAUCAACAAAGCUGAACUCUCUCUGGUUUUUGUGGACAAGCCAGGGAAGGCCAUCCUCUUAUUAGAAGGUGUAGAAAAUAAAUUAACACCAUCCCUUAAAACUAUCGUUCUCAUGGACUCCUAUGGCAGUAAUCUGUCUGACCGAGGCAAGAAGUGCGGGGUGGAGCUCAUCAGCUUGAAGGCGAUGGAGGACCUGGGAAGAGCCAACAGACGGAAACCCAAGCCUCCAGCACCUGAAGAUGUUGCAAUAAUUUGCUUCACAAGUGGCACUACAGGCAACCCCAAAGGAGCACUGAUCACCCAUCGAAAUGUAGUGAGCGAUUGUUCAGCAUUUAUUAAAAUGACAGAGGGUGCAUUCGUUGCUUCCUCAGAUGAUACUUUGAUCUCUUUCUUGCCUCUCGCCCACAUGUUUGAGAAAGUUGUAGAGUUUUUGAUGCUGAGUCACGGAGCUAAAAUAGGAUUUUUCCAAGGAGACAUCAGGCUGCUUAUGGAUGAUCUCAAGACCCUUCAACCCACCGUCUUCCCUGUGGUCCCCAGACUGCUGAACCGGAUGUUUGACCGAAUUUUUGCUCAGGCAAACACCACGCUGAAGCGAUGGCUGUUGGACUUUGCCUCCAGGAGGAAAGAAGCCGAGCUUCGCAGUGGCAUCAUUAGAAACAACAGCCUGUGGGAUAAGUUGAUCUUCCACAAAAUACAGUCGAGCCUGGGAGGAAAAGUACGGCUGAUGAUCACAGGAGCAGCGCCCGUGUCCGCCACCGUGCUGACCUUCCUGAGAGCCGCGCUGGGCUGCCAGUUCUACGAAGGCUAUGGACAGACCGAGUGCACUGCCGGGUGCUGCCUGACUGUGCCUGGGGACUGGACCGCAGGCCAUGUUGGUGCCCCAAUGCCUUGCAACAUUAUAAAGCUUGUCGAUGUGGAAGAAAUGAAUUACAUGGCUGCCAAGGGCGAGGGCGAGGUGUGUGUGAAAGGGGCUAAUGUAUUUCAAGGCUACUUAAAGGACCCAACAAACACAGCAGAAGCUCUGGAUAAAGACGGCUGGUUGCACACAGGGGACAUUGGAAAGUGGUUACCAAAUGGCACCUUGAAGAUCAUCGACAGGAAAAAGCACAUCUUUAAACUGGCACAAGGAGAGUACAUAGCUCCGGAGAAGAUUGAAAACAUCUACCAGCGAAGUGAACCUGUCGCUCAGGUGUUUGUCCACGGAGAGAGCUUGCAGGCAUUUCUCAUAGCAAUUGUGGUACCAGAUAUUGAGACGCUAGGUCCCUGGGCCCGGAAGCGAGGCUUUGAAGGCUCCUUUGAAGAGCUGUGCAGAAGCAAGGGUGUCCAAAAAGCUGUUCUGGAAGACAUGGUGAGACUUGGGAAGGAUGCUGGCCUAAAACCAUUUGAACAGGUCAAAGGUAUUAGUCUCCACCCUGAAUUAUUCUCUGUCGACAACGGCCUUCUGACCCCAACGAUGAAGGCUAAAAGGCCAGAGCUUCGGAAGUAUUUCAGGUCACAGAUCGAUGAACUUUAUUCCACCAUCAAAAUCUAAUGCGAGGAAGGAAGUUGGGAAGAGGCCGCAUGCCUCCGCGGUCUUCUCCCACCCGUGGCCUCAGUGGGUAGUUUUGACAACAGCAAGUAGGGAAGGAGCGUCUUUAUCUGCCUCGUGCGUUCAGAUUCUCAUCACAGGAAGCUUAGAGGGAAUGGAACACUGCCUUAUGGUCACGUCGCAUUGCAGACCAUGUUCACGGUGAUACAUAAUUUCCAAAAUGAGCCUUAAAAAAAUUGUAAAGGGGAAACUAUAAAUGUGCUAAGUUAUUUACGACUUCCUCAGUUUAAAAAGAGGGUGAAAACUUGUCUCCCUUUUUUGCUAACCAAGUGGUUAGGACUUUGCUAUUUCUGAGAUGUCUGCUACUUGCUGCAAAUUCUGCAGGUGUCUGCUGCUCUGAAGAGUACCGUGCACUGGAGGGAACCGUCCCUUAUAAACAAGAACUGUCCCAGCUGCAGGAGGUUGCAAGUGGACCAGAGGUUUUUUUUUAAUCCCUGCCACCGUCCCCUCCCCAUCUCAUGUGACCCUUCUGAUUAACCCCUGUCACUCCUGUUGGAGCAGAGGAUGGACCUAACUCAGAACAACGCAGGUAUGGAUGGAUGGCCGCUCACCAGAGCGGGUGGAUUCUGGCGUCCACAGAGCAGAAUAUUCGCCGACCCUCUUCUCGAGACCCGAUUCCCUCCCUCCAUCCCUUCCCAGGGGUUAU